GGACGACAAUUCGUCAGCACUGGUCAACAACAUCCCUGAUAGCUGGAAAGAACUCUUGAAAGAAGACUUCUCAUGAAAAGCAGGGGAAUGGGGAGUGUUUGUUGUUGUUUAUCUGGAUGACAUACUAAUCUUCAACAAAUCGAUGGAAGAGCACAUGAGACACCUUGAGGAAGUGAUGAAGAUCCUCAAGGACGCGCARCUCCAUCUCAACUUGGAGAAAUCUGAGUUUGGGAGGGACAACGUCAUCUACCUUGGAYAUCGGUUGUCUGCUGCAGGCCUAGAGCCYGAGGCAACCAAAGUUGAGGUCAUYCAAAAWURRCCCCAACCUGCGAAUGUCCGCGAGCURCGUUYUUUUYUUGGUCUURMGUCAUAUUACCGUAAGUUUGUGCCUAAGUUCUCUAUCAUCGCCCGUCCGCUGUCUAGGCUAACAAGCAAGAAUGUGUCCUACGCAUGGGAUGAAGAAUGCACGACARCCUUUGAAGCAUUGAAAGAGGCUUUGGUGAGUCAUCCGGUGCUCCGCAUUGCAGAUCCCAAGCUUACAUUCGUAGUAACUACGRAUGCGAGUUUGUAUGGGAUUSGUGCGGUGCUGCAGCAAGACRAUGGUGAUGGCUUACGUCCGCUUGAAUAUUACAUGCCCAGUCACAAGGUACCCGCUUCCACCUACAUGAGAGAGCUCUAUGCCUUGAGAGAGGCACUAGACCACUGGAAACACUACCUCUUGGGUCGCCAUUUCAAAGUGUUCUCAGACCAUGAGACUUUGAAAUGGAGUCAGACACAGAUUAACCCAUCAACCACAUUGACCCGAUGGCUGCAUGAGAUUGAUGUGCAUGAUUUUGAACUCAAACACAAGAAAGGUUGCUAUAAUCGUGUUGCGGAUGCUUUGUCUCGCCACCCCGAAUAUAUGACUUGCCUUGUGGGUUCCUACGACCUUCGUAAGAAUCUGAAAGAGGAACUCAGUAAACACACUGCCAAGGAUCCGGAACUCAGUCCCAUCCUUGAGCAGAUUCGGGCUGACCCUAGUAGUCAGCCUGAUUUCCAUGAAUGUAAGGGCCUUCUCUUCCGACGCUACGGUAAGCAUGACCGGUUGUGUGUACCCAACCAUGAGCCAAUCAUCACUCACUUGUUGGAUUUGGCUCAUGGCCGGAGUGGACAUUUCGGUGUUGAGAAGACAUACGGGAAUCUGUUGGAAAAGUUUGUGUGGCCUGGUAUGAAAAGAAUGGCGCAAAGGUUUGUGGCUGAGUGUGAAGUUUGUCAAUGCAUUAAACCGUCUCGGCAGAAGCCUUAUGGGCUGCUGCACCCUCUUCCUAUUCCURACGGUCCGGGGGAGUCUGUUUSUAUUGACUUCACGGACAUGGGGAAGAAGAGYAGAAAYGGUUAUUCCCAAGUUAUGGCGAUUGUYGAUCGUUUUUCGAAGUUUUUGAAUCUGAUCCCGCUACCACCUCACGYCCCAAUUGACCUUGUGAUCAAAGAGUUUCGCAAAAGAUACAUUCUGCAGUGUGGGCCCCCGAAAACUCUUGUGAGUGACCGGGACACUAGGUUCAUAAGCGCAGAAUGGAAGGACUUCACCUCCCAGGUCUAUCACAUGAAACUCAAGAUGACAUCUGGUCGACAUCCCGAAGCUAAUGGACUGGCUGAGGAAAUCAACCAGACCGUGAUCCAACUUCUCCGGGCUCUAAUUGUACCUGAUCAGAACUCUUGGGAUGAGGAGUUGUCGAUCGUGCAGGGGUUGUAUAACAACUCCAUCCACUCCUCCACCGGGAUGACGCCUAACCGGCUGCAYCUUGGAUGGAAAAUCCGCAAUCCUCUAUCUUAUCUSUUCCCURAUCAGCCACCGGGCCUAACACCUGGCCAGCCAGGCUACAGCGCCAAGAUCGAUCGCCUACUCAAAGUUGUUGUCGCAGCUAUGGAGASGYGACGCAGUGCCAUGAUUAAACAUGCUAACAAGAAGCGCCAGCCUGCACCAUUCACAGUGGGAAGUUAUGUCUGGGUCAAAAUGUCUGAGUUUUYUGAAGAAGAAGGUGYAUCACGAAAGCUUCUUCCUCAGUACUACRGUYYGUGGCAGGUCUUGAACCAGGUGUUUAAGCAGCUCAAGGAGUUGCGCGAAGACAUGACCAAGAUGGCGCAGCAGCACCGCGAUCAGCUGCAACAGUUUGCUAGUUCGCAACAUGCUCAAAUCGUCUCUUCACUCGCCUACCCUGCCUCCAAUGCUGCGUGUCAAUCCUGUUUUGCCCCUCUGACUACGUCUACUUCUUCUCCUUCCACUUCUUCUUCUUCUUUGAGUAUGGUUAACAGCCAAAGCGGAUCUGCAGCAAGUCCAGACCCCGCUGCUGCUGCUGCUGCUGCCGCAGCGGCAAGUGGUGGUGCAGGGACUUCUGGAACUGUUGCAGCCCCGGGCCCGGACCCAACAAUGGCUGGGCCAGGCGGCAGCUUUGCUUACAUCGACAGGAAGGCGGCGCAGAUUCCGUCCAAGUAUGACGGAAAGGACGACGUCGAGUCUUGGAUCAGCUCUAUGCGGUCCUACUUUGAUGUAUUGGGGACACCCCCAUCCACUCAGUCGUCUAUCCCGGGGACCAAUGUGGAGCCCGUCGUGCGGGGUUUCCUAGAAACCCAAGCUGUCCAAUCAGGCUAUAAGAGAAUAGACCUGAACAAAUGGCUAAAGGUUACGCCUACUGCCGCACUUGAGGAUCUCUUGAUCAAACAAUAUGCUGAUCCACAUGCURSAGCUAAAGCAAGACUUAAGCUUGACAAGCUCAAGCACAACAAGUGGACCGGCACCAUGCACAACGUGCACCAGUAUGUUAGUAAACUCUUUGCUACUCCRGAUCUGGAGAUGACUGCGCAAUCUUGCUUGGAUGUGAUAAAAGCGCAUGAUCUGCUUGAGGCUGACGAGGAGACYCUCGUGGAUGAAUCUUCUCUUGAUGACGAUCAAGAGCAAGACUGCGGGGCAUCUUGCUCUUUGUCAGCCCAUAAGUCAGAGUUUGUAAAUGACGAGGAAUCCAUGAAUGCCUUUAAGAAGACUGCCUUUAAGAGUAAGGGGUCGAGGACCACAAUGAAGAACAACACCAAUACUAUCCUUCUUCCCAAGGGAGCAAAGAUUCCACCAAAACCGGAAGAUCCUGCCACAAAACCAUGGGUAGAUCUCCGGAUUAGUGAAA